AUGCCGCACAGUAUCCAGAAGGUCUUUUUGACCGGCGCCAAUGGCUUCGUCGCCUGCCAUAUUUUGUCCGAUUUAAUAAAGGCAGGAUAUCUAGUAACGGCGACCGUGAGAUCAAAGACCAAAUCCCAACAGAUGCUGGAUGCCCAUCCGGAGUGGAAAGACAUUGUCAGAUUUGUAUAUAUAUCAGACUUCACCGUCCCAGGAGGGAGGCAAAUUGAAUUAUAUCAUUCACACCGCUCCCCUGUUACCUUCAAUGUUGAGGACAUUCAGAAGGAGAUCAUUGAUCCUGCUGUCCAGGGCACAACGUCGCUCUUGAAGAGUGUGCAUGAGUAUGGGGGACAGCAGGUCAAACGGGUCGUGCUGCUUAGCAGUUCUGCUGCGAUCGUGAACCCCAUGGAGGAUACAAGUAUAACAGAGACCCAUAUAGCGAGAAAGAUUGGGAGCCGCCAGGUCACUGCGGAAAUGGCUGUUGAGCAGCAAAACCCCCUCUUUGGAUAUUGUGCAGCCAAGACGCUGGCUGAGAAGGCGGCUUGGAAGUUCAUCGAGGACAACAAGACCAGCUUCGACUUGACAGUCAUCAACCCAGACGUUAUCAUCGGGCCCAUGCUCCAUAAUGUAUCCACGCCCGAGAAAAUAAAUGAGACGAAUAUGGUUACCAUCUACAAUUUCUUGGACGGAACCACUACCGGAGUUGGAGAAUGGGGACUCCCGUUCUAUCACUUUGUAUGGCUGAGACUCUUCUUAAUUGGUAUUUCUUGGAACCAAGCGCUAACGGAUGGCAGGUUGAUGUGCGAGACGUCCCCUGAGCACAUGUUCUGUCUCUGGACAGCCCCGCAACAUCAGCGCGUGGGGUUGGUCCUUGCGGUUAUAACUCCCCAGCUCGUAGUAAACAUCAUUCGAAAGAAUUUCCCAGAGCUGAAAAGCAGGGUGCCUGAAGGAAACCCUAGCCAAAUUGUGCCAGACGGCAUUAACUUGUCGCGCUGGAACAAUGAAAAGAGCUACCAGGUGCUUGAAAAGGAUUGGACCCUAGAGACCAGCGUGGUCGACACCGUGAACGACAUUUUGAAACGCGAAAAGGAAUGGCAGAAAUAG